GCAGCAGAAGCAGCAGAUGACGGAAACCCGGAACAGCCGAAGAAGAAGCAGCAGCAGCAGCAGUGAACACACUCACAUGGCGCAAGAACAUAAACACGACUAACGAGGAUUAAACUGAUUAAGUUGUUAACUAGGUUUUAAAUAUAUUUGCCUGGUUUCCAGUCGUCUCGUGUGUGUGUGUGUGUGUGUGUUCGUGAUGUUUGCGCGCGCGCCUGCUCGGUUUGUCCUUCAGAGUGUGUGUGCUUGUCUCAGGACUCAGAGCUUCUCUCACACAGCAUGCAGGAACACAGUGAUUGUGGAGCGCUGGUGGCAGGUUCCCCUGUCGAAGGAAGGCAGUGCUCCGAGACUCCACCCUCGCCGUCACAGGGUUUACCGCUUAGUGGAGGACACCAAGCACAACAUGAAGGAUAAAAUGGAGCUGCUGCUCACACAGACUGUGCCCAAGCUCGGCGGGCGAGGAGACACGGUGUUUGUGAAAAAGUCGUUGGGACGAAACAAGCUCCUGGCUGAAGGUCUGGCUGUUUAUCCUUCACCUGAGAACAAGGAGCUGUUCGCUGAGGAGAGACGCUUACUGCGUGAGGGAAAGAGAGAGGACAGAAUCCAGACCAGGACAGGACAACUCACGGUGGAAUUCCUGAAGAAGUCCGCUCUGGAAGUCGGGAUCCAGCCGGCCGCGCAGCAGCAGUUCCACCUCACGAAGGAAAUCGUUUGCAGGCAUUUUUUGCGAAAACUGGGCGUGGUCGUCCCUCCUCACGCUCUGACGUUACCGGACGAGCCGAUCACACAGUUUGGAGAUUUCUGGUGUGAGGUCACGGUGAACGGUUUGGACACGGUGCGAGUGCUGCUGUCUGUAGGGCCGUAUGUGGAUCCGAGGAAGAAGAAACUGAUGAAACUAGAAGCAGAAGCAGCAGCUGCAGCGGCGACGGAAAACAAACCGGAAACAGAGUCGGAAUAACGAUCCGAGUCACAGUCUGACCUUUGACCUGCUUUCACCUGAAUUCUGUUAACUCUGUGUUUUCUCCUGUAUAGCGUCUGUGCUUUACUGACAAAUAAAAUGUUCAACUUUACAGACCAAA